CACGAACAGUCUAAAUCACCAAUUAAUGAUGACAAUCAAACCCUUCAGAGAUUUUGUGCUAAAUUGGAACAUCUAUUUCAAAUAGACAUGAGAGACAAGUAUUCUCUAUUAGGAAGGAAGAAAGAUUAUUGGGAUUAUUUUUGUGAUUGUUUGUCUAAAAAUAAAGGUUCUAAUGAUGGAAUUAAAUUUGUGAAGUCUUUAGGAGAGCAUAAAACAUCUGUUGGUAAAGGAAGAGCUUUGAUAAGGUUUUCAUUAGUACAUCAUAGAUUACCUGACAGUAUACAACAAUGCAUAGUUAAUGGUAAAGUAACAAGGUAA